CAAGUCCCUCGGGCCUCCUGGGCAGGUCACCGGGCCGGAGGAUUUGGCGGAAUUGGCCCAGGAGGUGCCGCAUGGCAGCGCCUGCACUCGCCUGCACUUGCCUGCACUUGCCUGCAGCCCGGUGCUGGUUCCUGAUUGCUGAACGGUCAGGUACCGGCCGCCCGGACCACGCAUACUGCCCCUUGCGGACUAGCGGCCAGUUGCUAUUUGGUUUUUUUGCCUUUCGUUUCCAUUGCCCCUUCGUCCCUUCUGCGCGCAUUGGCGGUACCUUGGGUACAUGCGCUCUUGCAGUCAUCGAGUCCAGUAACACAAUCACUGGAACGGAGCCUUCGCUGACCGGCCCGGAUCACCGGCUGGCGCCUGGACCGGUGACGAGAGAAGCUGGAAUCGAAAAGAUUCGAGAAGCAGCGGAGCUGGCCCAGCACACGGGGACGACGGAGAGGCCCGGCGCAGGGGGCUCCAGUUCUGGGCCUGGCUGGCCCACCGGGGGAGGGGCGGCGGCGCAGGUCACCAGCCAAGUACCGUCGCGUACCGGCAGGCAAGUGACGGCCUUGGGGAAGCCAGAGGGAUGCGGGCAAGAGUCACGAAGCGAUGCGAAUCCGCAAGCCGAAUUACUUAAAAGGCAGCGUCGCCGGUUGCGUUGCUCUCCUGGAAAGGCGCCUGUGAGCAUCAGCAUCAGCAUCACUUCCAUCUUUACUCCCAUCACGGCCCGUCAGCUGCGCCAAUUGGAUCGCAGUCCGUCGCCGCUCCUUAUCACCAACUCCCCUCUCCCGCCUCAAGCUGCGGAUUCAGCCCGGGCAGCUGUUCCUCGCUCCGUCUGUCGCCACCAAGCAAUCCUCAGGGGACGGCAGCAGAAACGACAGAAAGACCAAGACGGACGUCGUACCAGUAAGGCAAAACCCCCCCCAGCCCAGAAACGGUGGAAUCAAGCACGAGCUGGCGCGGAGCUCUGGAGCACAGCUACUAGAAGCAGCGCCGCGGCACUCGGCACUGCCGAAGCUGUCAGCUCCCGCCUAACGCCAGAUAAUUGGGGAGAGAGAAGAUCAAGGAACCAGAGUUGGCUGCAAGCAAUGGGCUAA